CAGAUGAACAGUUUGAGUGUUUUUGGUGAAUAGUCUUAUUAGUUUGGGCACUUAAAGAAAAUGUUACAUGUGUUUGUUUUGUGCUGUUGGCAUCUGACUGGUGUGUUUGGUGAUUCAGUGUCAGUGAUGGAGGGAGAUUCUGUUACUCUAAACACUGAUCUCACGGAAAUACAUGAAGAUGAAGAUAUACUGUGGAAAUAUGGAGCUGAAAACUCUCUGAUAGCUGAAAUCAGUAGAUCUGCUGGAAUCUUCACCACAUAUGAUGAUGUUCCUGAUGGGAGAUUCAGAGACAGACUGAAGCUGGACGAUCAAACUGGAUCUCUGACCAUCACACACACCACAACUGAACACACUGGAGAUUAUAGACUAGAGAUAAGAGGAGCGAAACGAUCAUCAAAAACAUUCAAUGUUUCUGUCUAUGCUCGUCUGCCUGUUCCUGUCAUCAUCAGAGACUGUUCUUCAUCUUCAUCAAAUUGUUCAGUGGUGUGUUCAGUGUUGAGUGUGUGUGAUGCGACUCUGUCCUGGUACGCAGGAAUGAGUGUAUUGUCCAGCAUCAGUGUGUGUGAUCUCAGCAUCAGUCUCUCUCUACCUCUGGAGGUGGAAUAUCAGGAUAAAAACACCUACAGCUGUGUGCUGAACAAUCCCAUCAGCAACCAGACCACACAUCUGGACAUCAACACACACUGCCACACAUGUGAAGCACCGGACACACACUCUUCUUCACCCUCGCCAGUGUCUCUGAUAGUGUUGAUCUCUGCUGGAUCUCUGGUGAUUGUAUUUACAGUCGUCGUCGUGAUGUUCUGCAUCUACAGGCGACUCAGAAAAAUUGACAGAGAAGAUGAAACAGUUGAGACUGGUGAUGGAGAGAUCAUUUACGCUGAUCCAACAUUCUGCAAAAGAAAAGCACAUAAAUUGAACAUUCAAGAGGAGAAUGACGUGGUGUAUGCGGGUAUCGCCGUGAGGAGAUGAUCAAACUUCAGUUUACUGCACCAGAUCCAGCUGUGAGAUCGCUUCACUAACCUUCGGUUGGACUCUGCAGUUCCUGAGUCUGUGCUUGAGUUUUAGGUUUGUGAGAAUCACCACAUGUAGCAACAGAAAUUAGCAAUAAAGGCCCGUUCACACCAAGGAUGAUCACUAUAA